UGCACUCGUAACACAGCCGGUCCUAAUGCAGAAAACACGGGCGAGUGUUUAACCAGUUCUGCUCAGUUACACAUGCGGCCGACAAAAAACUGUAUCUGACUACUGUGGAUCUAGAGGGCCUCACCCCUUUCUCCUGUUCUUCUCUUCACUGCUUCCCUCCGUCCCUCGUUCUUCAGCCUCUCCAUCAUUCCUCCUCCAUCUCACUCUCUCCUCCAGAAAGCCCAUUAUUCAUCUGAACUUCUGAUUUUUUAGCUUUUCAUCCUAAACCCCUUUGAUAUAAUUUUCCAUCAUCUCUUUAUCCCUUUAUUCAUUUACUGCUAGGAGUUUCUCAUCCUUUCUCACCAUCACUUGUUUUAUUUUCCCUGCUUGUAGAGCUGUUCACCCUCUAAACUCUUAGGAUCUAAGGUAGCUGCUGAAUAAUUACAUGUUUAAACAGUAUAAAUAUACUACAAUAACAAUAACAUCAAUAAGAUUUUUAUACAAUUUCACCAAUGUAAUAUAGUAGUGAUAGUGGUACAAUAUGCAAUCAAAUUAAUAAUGGAUAAAUUAAAUAUAAUAACGAAUAUAAAUUCAUUAUUGCCGUAUAAUAUCUGAAUAAUCUGGCUACAUAAUUUAGUUGUUACAGAAAAAUUCCUAAUAGUUUGAAGCUGAGUAUCUGACUCACUGGCCUGGGGUUGGACCAUGUGGUCUAACUUCUUCAUGCAACAGGAGGAGGAGGGACGGAUGGGCGUGGCCUCUGCAGGCGGGGUGGGGGGCGUGGGGGGCCGCGGGGGUAAGAGGCCCAAGCCGGCUCGCAUGAGCGAGAGCCAGGAGGGGAAGAUAAAGCUGGCGUUUUUCGUUGCAAUCGUGGGCGUGGUCCUCACCGUGCUGGGCUUGGGGACAGAGUUCUGGGUGGAGCUUUCACAGCCCAAACACUUCCAGAACCCACAGACCUGCAAGAUGGUCCAUUACGGCCUGUGGAAGAGCUGCAUCAGGACACUGUGGGUGAUGGACGUCGACCCGGAGAGGGAGAGCUGUGGACCAGCGGAGCUGCCCGGAGAAUCCAACUGCACGUAUUUCAAGUUCUACACCACAGGAGAAAAUGCUGUCAUUUUUCAGAAAACAACAGAUAAAAACCUCAGUUUAGCCACGGCGAUGCUGGCCGUGUUCGGCCUGUUCCUAAUGGUGAUGGGCUCCGUGUGCAUCACCAUGUCUCUCACUAAGAGGGUGCCCUUCCUCCUCAAGCCCGCCGCCGUCUGCUUCCUCGUCUCAGGUGUCCUGAUUCUACUGUCCAUCAUAAUCUUCCACCAAUCGGUGCUGUCGUUGUUGGCGAGUGACCACACAAUCCCGCUGCACUACGAGCUGUCCUGGUCAGUGGCGUGCGUAGGCUCAGCCGGGGCCAUCCUCAUUUUGGGCGGCGUCCUCUUCUUGCUGCUGUCUUUUCCCUUCAGUCUCCUGGAGAAAUGCACGGCACAACACAGAAACAGCAACACCUAGAGGCCUUGAGGACCUGGAGCAGCUGAUGAAAUUUAAACCUGACAAACUGCUUAAAUGUACAGAGUGGCAAGAGUGACAAAGGUAUACAUAUAUUUUACUAUAUUUAAGGUUAUGUCUUGACCCCAGAGCUGCUUGUCAACAGUUGGAAGUGAGUUUGUAUACUAAGUCACCGAUUUGUACCUGUUCUUAGAUUGAUAGCGUUUGAUUGAUUUUUGUUGCAUGUUAUGUCCUGUAAGAAUUUUCCAAGGAGCCCAGCAAGCUGACUGGCCGAGUUGUAGCCUUCUUCUUUUUUUAAGUGCCUUUACUGUCAUUAUGCUUAUACGCUUUGCACAGUGCAGCGAAAUACUUUUCUUCACAUAUCCCAGCUUAGAUAUGGCAACCCUGGAGCAGAGAGGGUUAAGUGCCUUGCGUGAGGGCCUAUAGUGGCACCAUAAUGCUGUGAGCAAUCGCCCCGGGCACUAACCACUUAGUCGCCACUGCCUCAUUCUUUAAAUCUCAACCAAGCAUGCUAACAUUGCUAACGUUGAGUAGAAACUAGCCUCCUCCAAUUGGCAUAAUGUUAUUAGCAUGUUAGCAUAAUCGCUGUUAGCAAAAUUAGCAUUUCUUUACAUUUAUGGCAUUUGGCUGACGCUCUUAUCCAGAGCGACUUGGUUUGAUCAUUUUACACAGGGAGGUGAAGGCGGUGUUGGGAGUCUUGCCCAAGGACUCUUAUUGGUAUAGUGUAGGGUGGUUACCCAGAUGGGGAUUGAACCCCAGUCUACAGCAUAGAAGGCAGAGGUGUUACCCACUACACCAACCAACCACGUUUCUGACUAAGCCAUUCAUAUAACUGCUGAGCCAGAGCCGAUUCCAUCUUACACUUCAGGCGGUUUGGGUUUAGGGUGAAUAGGAAGUGUGCAGGAACAAAAAAAAAAAAAACCAACUGGAAAAACAGCAGCUAGUAG